AUGGCGCCCAGUGCUGUAGCUCCAACACCACUGCCCAUCCAUGAAAUCAGACCCAAAGCGGUCCAUAACAGCAUGGAGUCGAUGCAGUCAUUGCCAAACACAUCCAAAAAGGUUGCAAGUUAUCGAGGAUAUGACCACGUUGCGUGGUGGGUGGGAAACGCCAAGCAGGCGGCAGCAUUCUAUGUCUCCCGGAUGGGCUUUGAGAGGAUCGCAUACCGUGGUCUGGAGACUGGGUCGAGAGUGGUCGCCUCGCAUGUUGUUCGCAAUGGAGAUGUUGUAUUCGUCUUGAGUUCGCCGCUGCAUGGGCCCGACUCCAAGGUUCCCUGGCUGUCCGACGACGAUCGAGCUCUUUUGAGGGAGAUGCACGAUCAUCUGACCACCCAUGGGGACGCUGUCCGUGACGUUGCCUUUGAAGUUGACGACGUUGCUGCUGUAUACGACGCUGCCGUUGCAAAGGGAGCUUAUCCUGUUGCAGCACCAGCAAGCACGAGCGAUGACUUUGGGUCCACGAAGACAGCGUCCAUCAGAACAUACGGGGACACCAUUCAUACUCUUAUCGAGCGACAAAAGUAUCAAGGGGCUUUCUUACCUGGUUAUCGAGCCGUGGCAGAUGUCGAGAAGACGGCCAAAUACCUUCCGUCGGUCGAUUUGGCCGUAAUCGACCAUUGCGUGGGAAACCAAGAUUGGGACGAAAUGGAGGCUGCUUGCGAGUAUUAUGAGAGAACACUGGGCUUUCAUAGAUUCUGGUCGGUGGACGACAAGGAUAUUUGCACCGACUAUUCCGCGCUGAAGUCGGUAGUGAUGGCCAGUCCGGAUGAGAAGAUCAAGAUGCCAAUCAACGAGCCUGCAAAGGGCAUCCGGAAAUCCCAAAUAGAGGAAUACAUCGACUUCUACAACGGCGCAGGUGUCCAGCAUAUCGCGCUGAGAACCGACGACAUCAUCACCACUGUCACCAACCUCAAAGAGAGGGGGAUCGAAUUCAUCAGUGUUCCAGAUACUUACUACGAAACCAUGUCGAAGAGGCUAGAGAGCGCCGGCAUGAAGUUGAACGAAGACUUUACAGCUCUGAAGAAGCUCGGGAUCCUCAUCGACUUUGACGAGGGCGGGUAUUUGCUGCAACUGUUCACCAAGCACUUGAUGGACAGGCCGACGGUGUUUAUCGAAAUCAUCCAGAGGAACAACUUUUCGGGGUUCGGGGCGGGGAAUUUCAAGGCUUUGUUCGAGGCCAUUGAGAGGGAGCAGAUGGCGCGUGGUAAUUUGUGA